AUGGAAUUUAAAAGUGUCGUUUUGAUCUUAUCAAUUCAUGGUGUAGUGAUAAACCGGGACCCUCCAACUACUACUACUGUUUUCCGAUGUGUUGGAGCUUCUUUAUCAGAUCGUCAUAUUCUAACAGCUGCAAGUUGCUUGAAUGAUAUCCCUGAUACCCACGUUCCUGCAAUUCAAGUCAUUCCUGCUACAGGAAAUCCAACCAUUCAUCCUGUGGCAAGAUCACUUAGACAUCCUGAUUUUUUGGAGACUCUUGGUCUCAGAAAUAAUCUUGUAAUUUUGGAAUUGGAAAACGAUAGAAGACUUGAUACAAACGUUUUUAGAGGCCAAAACAUUGGUGAUUUACACACGGGUAUUUCUUGCAACCUGCACGGAUUCAAUUCUUCUAUGGUUGCCAAUCCGGGAAAUAUAGCAGUUACAACUAUUGGACCACCAGCCUGCAUUCAUGAUAAUGAUCAACUUUUUUGCUCAACGGCCCCAUCACAAGAAAUAUGUUUACAGAUUUUCGGAGGAUUUCCUUUAAUAUGCGGAGAAGGUGGAACAAUCAACGCAAUCACCAUUACUAACUGUGCAGGACCGCUUCAUGAAAUUCAAUAUCACAAUGUUGGUCAAUUCCGUAGCUGGAUUGAAGGAGUUGUUUCUGGUGCAGAAUCAUUGAAAAAGUUGUCAAUUGCAGUGCUUUUUUCGACAUUUUUGAUCAGUUUAAGAAACUUCCUUUGAAAUGUGUGCUAACCAUUUCAAAAAUUUCUUCAAAAUCAAAUCAAAUUUGUCUAUGAAAUGAGACUUUUACCAUUUUUAUCAAGUUAUCAAAAUAGAUUUCAAUCCCAAGAUAAAAAUAUAAAAAAUUGUGAAAUGUACAGAUAAAUGUCUUAUCUUCCUUCUUUUGUUGAUUAAAAGCACAAAAUUUUGAACUGGCCGAAUAAAAUAGAAAUUUGAACAAAUC